AUGACGGUAUGGCUAGCUGCCGUGGCAGUGCUCGCGACGGGAGCCGGCGCCGGUGACAGCUCGGGUUCGGGUCAGUCUGUCCAUGAGCUGCAGAAAGAGAUUCACCAGCAGAUGCAGCGGAUCAUGGUCGCGGACUUCGUGAUCGAAAAUGCAAUCCGAAACCAUUCAGCCCAGGCACAGCUGCUAAACGAGAGCCAGCAUACGUCAGAAGACUGCAAGCUCAGAUAUGCCGCAGCCAAGCGCUCUAUAGCUGAAUCGCAGGAGCGGGCCGCAGACCUGCAAUCACAGUUGAAUGGCACCAAAAGCCAGAUGGCGGAGUCGGAGGAGCGGCGGACGCAGCUGGAGCGCCGUGUGCGAAAGGCACAGGCCUUGGAGCAACAGGCCGAGGAGGAGGCCAGCGCUCUCAAAAGCAAAGCCGACGAAGUGCUGCCGGAACGCCAGGCCUGGGUGCAGAGCGGCAUCGGCCUCUUCCUCAACUGGCUCCAGGGCCUUCCUUGCCAGAACCUCGUAGCCCUCCUCGCGGCCUUGUUGGGUGCCGUGAGCUGCUUGGAUAGUGAGCUUUUCAUCUUGGCGGCCAGCCUAGUGCUCGUGGCUCUGGGGGUUGGCAUGACGACCGGACAGAAGUUCUUCGAGGGCUGGGGCGGCGAGUCCCUGCUCCUUUCUGUGCUUGUGGGUGGUGAGGCUGCGCUCCUCACCGCUGCGGCGGCCGUGGUGGGCUACACUGGCUUUCAGCUGGUCCUUGGCGCAGUCCUUGGGCUCCUCGCCGCGCAGCUCUCCGCAGCCUGGGCGCAGGAUUGGAUUCCGGCUCAAGUCCCAUUCUGGUACCUCCUCUUCCUGGCUCUGGGAGUGGCGGCCACGGGCUACGGGGGCAAGCGGGCGAGCGAGUUGUUGGGCUACGCCGCCGGGGGCCUGCUCGUCUCCAGCAGCCUGGCCUUCUUCCUUGCCGAGAUCCUCUCGGAUCUCACCUUUCCGCGCUCCUGGGCUGGUGCCGUGAACGCCUACGUCAACGGUGUGCAUCUGAAGGAGCUCGGGGCCUUGCCCCUCUUUGUCCGGCUGGUCGGCUUCACGGCCUGGGUCGCCUUCGUCGCUUUGGGCCCGAGCCUCUCAGUGAAGCUCAAGAGCAUGGUCCUGAAGGCCGAGAUACCUGGCGUUGAGAGAGAGGAGUUCUCGGUUCAGAGAGGGCCACAGGGGGCUUCGGAGAGCUGCCACAUGUCACUGUGGACAUCCCUGCUUCUUCAGCACCGAGGGGCUUUCACUUUCACAAAACAUUACAUGUAUGUCGAGUGGUGCACGCACAUGUCUACCUCUUUGUCAGUGGAACAUGGAAGAAAGGAUGCAUCGCUGCGUGUUGUUCGCAUCUCGCAAGUUUGA